AUGUCUCCAUUACCAGAAAUCCUCUUCGACGUGGCAAGAAACCCAUUCUUGGCAGUGGGUCUUCCCAUUGGUCUCGGAAUGGCCAGUGGCUUCGCUACCGGCCAAUCUUCCAGAAGCAAUUGGUUCAAGAACAUGACUCCUCCUCCUGGCAACCCUCCCAAGGAGGUCUUCGGUCCUGUCUGGACCAUUCUUUACGGUCUCAUGGGUUACGCUUCCCAUCUCACCGUUCGAGCCUUCGACAGUGCAGUCACUCCCUCCGGAACCGCUCAAGCCGAUCAAGCCCUUCAGCUCUAUUAUGGUCAACUACUGUUGAAUUUGCUCUGGACACCAACCUACUUUGUCUUCAAGCAAAAAGAACUUGCCCUUGGUAACAUACUUGCCUUGUUCGGAACAGUCACCGCGAUGACUGUCAAGAUGCACAACCUUUACACUCCGUUCAGUACUACCUGGUUCUUGGCCCCUUACUGUGCUUGGCUCGGUUAUGCCACCUACCUCAACGCUGGCUACGUUUUCCUCAACCGGGACAGGAAAUAA